GGGUUUUGCAGGGCGCCGCGUGUGAUCUGCCCUUCGAGUUCUAGUUUCCUCACGUUAGGACUGAGACCUGGUCUGGCAACUGAUCAGUUUCCUAGAAAACCACAGCAGAGGUGAAAGAACAACUCAACGCCGCAAAAGAAAACUCAAUGUACAUCUUAAUUAUUCCCCGCCGUGAUCGAUUAGGGGGAUGAAGAAAUCCAGAACGCCUGCAGAAUGACCACAGGCUAAAAACGCCCACCAACCUGUUCCUGACUGAACCUCGGCCAACCACGAGAGUGGCACCACGGGGCAGUCGGCACACGAAGAGCUCUUAUUGGCUGGAGACGCCCUCCCGCCUACCCAUUGGCAAGCUCCAAUUAAACGGGGAGGAGGGUCUGGCGAGAGCCGCCCAGAGCGUCGGGAGUCCGUGGGGAACGGCCGCUGAAGUCGUGCGGCUCAGGUUUUUCAGUUCCUUUUUUCCUCCUGUCUGUCCACAUGCAGUCAUCAGCCCAUAGAGACAUGGCCAGCACCAGCACAGUCCCCUCGCACCCUUACCGGCCUCGGGACCUGAGGCUGGACCACUUUGUGCCUAAUGACCUUCCCGCCUGGUAUAUCGUGACUGCCCUGUUCUCCGUCUUUGGGGUACUAGCCGUGACCAUGUGGCUGUUGUCCAGUCGUGCUUCAGUUGUCCCACUGGGGACAUGGCGGAGACUGUCCCUGUGCUGGUUUGGGAUGUGUGCAUUCAUCCACCUGGUAAUUGAGGGCUGGUUUGCUGUCUACCACGAGGCCAUUCUUGGAGACCAAGCCUUGUUAUCCCAACUCUGGAAAGAGUACGCUAAGGGAGACAGUCGAUACAUCAUCAGUGACAACUUCACCAUCUGUAUGGAGAGCAUCACAGCUUGCCUGUGGGGACCACUGAGCCUAUGGGCGGUGAUUGCCUUUCUCCGCCAGCAACGCAUCCGCUAUAUCCUACAGCUCGUGAUCUCUUUGGGCCAGUUCUAUGGGGAUGCUCUCUACUUCCUCACAGAGUACCGUGAUGGAUUCCAACACGGGGAGCCGGGCCACCCCAUCUAUUUCUGGUUUUAUUUCUUCUUCAUGAAUGCCCUGUGGCUGGUGAUACCUGGAAUCCUCAUUUUUGAUUCCAUGAAGCAGCUCUCUGGGGCCCAGAGCGCACUGGACACCAAGAUGAUGAAAGCCAAGAACAAACAGAACUAAUGAAUGGAGGACUGGACCAGAAGAGAGGCCGAGAGAUGCUCCCAUCUGCCGGGAGAGUCCAGUCCUGCUCCACAAGGUGGAGGGGCACUCAGGCUGAUGGUGAGCACACAAAGGGCCAGAGACUGGAAAGAGGGGCUAUGUGGAGCUACUGCUAGGAGCCACUGGGAAAAAGAUAUAAGAGAAGGCAGGAGGUCUGUGAUGGUGGCAGUUUUUAAAAUCAGGAAAUAAAAGAUCUUAACUCUAA